UGAGAAAAUGACAUUGCCGCACUAUCGUUAUCAGAUGGACUUCCUGGCGCUAUACCAGCCGACAUACACUAUCAAUAGUCAGUGUCGGUCCUCGGAACACACGACGGAACAGCCCGUCGCGCGUUUACGCUGUCCCCGACAACUAAUAGUCAAUCGACUGCUACUUAAGACUUAACGCGGCCAAUUUUGUGUUGACUGGGUUUUAGAUGCUCUCUGUGUGAAUACUUUUACGUACUGCGACUUGGCGGUCCUCGCCGGCAUACGGACGGAUCCCGCCUCUCCAUCUGACGACAUAACCGGCAUAGCACAAUGAUAUUAAAAACGAGCGUCAGAGGUCUUCCAAGAGCAACUGCUUCUCCAUAUCAGAAAUCUAAUUUCACCUCGACGGCUGCUCGAAAAGCCGACUUUACGCACGUGGUCAUAGGAGGUGGCGUCGUUGGUCUCGCCAUCGCUCGCCAGCUGACGCGCCGCGCAUCCUUGCCGUCAUCUCCCCCGAGCAGCACUCUCCUCAUUGAGCGCCACCCGGCCGUGGGCACGGAGACAUCGUCGCGCAACUCCGAGGUCAUCCAUGCCGGGAUCUACUAUGGCACCGACACCCUGAAGACAUCACUCUGCAUUCGGGGGAAGAAUCUGCUGUACGAGCUGUGCAAGAAGCAUGACGUCGGGUUCAAGAACACGGGUAAAUGGAUCGUGGCGCAGAACGAUGAGCAGAUGACCGCGCUGCACAAGAUUGAGAAGCACUGCAGAGACGAGAUUGGCGUUCCCGUCCGAUGGGUCAGCCAGGAGGAGAUUGCGCGCGAGGGAGAAGGUGUCCGCGCCGAAAAGGGCUGCCUCGAGAGCCCUACCACGGGCAUCGUGGACUCGCACGGGUUGAUGAUCACGCUCCAGGGCCUUUUCGAGGAGAAUGGGGGCGUGGUGGCGCUGAACUCACCGGUGCAAAGGAUCACGCCUCUCGGGGACAAGGGCGCGUCGGGGUGGGAAGUGGAGGUCAUGGAUGGGACCACGGGCGAGACAUCGACCGUCACGACGGAGACCAUUGUCAACGCUGCUGGGCUGGGAGCUGUGGAGGUCCACAACAUGAUCGUGCCGGCUGCAGACAAGAAGACGCUGUGCUAUGCCAAAGGCAACUACUUCUCUUACGGGUCCUCACACCCCAAGGUCUCAAGACUCAUCUAUCCGGCUCCUGAACCGGGCCUCGGAGGGUUGGGCACGCAUCUAACCUUGGACCUGGGGGGUAGGUUGAGGUUCGGCCCGGAUGUGGAAUGGGUCGAUGACCCGAACGACCUGUCUGUCAACACGUCGCGGUUCGAACAAGCCGUGAGAGAGAUCAAGAGGUUCCUGCCUGGCGUCGAUGUGGACAGCUUAAAGCCUGAUUACGCUGGCAUUCGCCCAAAGCUGGCGCAUCGUCAGGCUGUCGCCACAGGCAAGGGGUUUCAGGACUUUGUGAUCCGGAAAGAGGGUGGCUACGAAGGAUGGAUCAACCUCUUGGGCAUCGAAAGCCCCGGCCUGACUAGUUCGCUGGCUAUUGGUGAACAGGUCGAGAAACUAAUGUAUGGUAAUGUCACCACAUGAGGCGCUAAAGACAAGCAAUCAUGGCAGGUUCAAUAGUGAUAGGUUAUAUCAAGACAAGGUCCUCGCGCCGAAGUAAUUAGAGUCAAAGCAACCAAACCAAUGUUUCCAACAUCUGUAACUCCUAUGCGCCUGGUCGCUGCCAGUUUCAUAAACUUCGUUUACAUACACAAAAGA